UGCUGGUAAUUUGGAUAUGCCAGAGAAGCCAUAACGUGCUUCCUUUAAGUGAAAAGGUAUGUAUGUAUAGGAAAAAACAGUGUAUAUAGGGUUCAGUAUUAUCCAUGGUUUCAGGCAUCUCCUGGUGGUCUUGGAAUGAAUGUAUCCCCCAUGGAUAAAGGGGGACUACUAUAUAUAUAUAUAGCAUAUCUAAUUUCUAAAUUAUAAAGCUAGGAUUUUGGAGCCUCUAAAAAAAUGUUUCAAUAACACAGGGUGGUUAGAAAAGAAUAAUUCUGAGAUACAGUCAUCAAGCAUACGCCUGUGUUUUAUAUUGUAUACAGUAAUAGUGAAGCUUGUAAGAAUUAAAAUUCUGGGUUGGGUGAUUAAAAUACCAUACAUUUCUAUGGGGAAUUUCACAUUAUGGAAUUAAGACUUGUGUUAAAAUUAAUUUUUUAAAACCCUGAUGAAUUCUAGGUUAACUAGGAUGUAAAUGUAAACUCAAUGUAAAAUAUGUAUUUGUAAGAAUGUAUUUCUUCUCUUAGGUUUUAUUGACUAGAAAUGAUGGCAACAUUGAACUUGUAGUUGUGGAUUUAAAAUAUGACUAUUGCUAUAAAUUCAUAGUAACUCCAGAGUUACUUCAUAUUUAGACUGAAUGUUGAAUAAUAUGAAGUGUAUAAAAUGUUGAAUAUCAUUGUGUGUAUUGGACAACAUCAGAAAAUUGUAAUCUCAAUUCUGCGCUAAGUUGUAUGGUUGGUACAUGGUGAUAUAAAUGAAGUGCCCCUUAAGAACUUAGAGAUGGAGUGGGGGAAUAUGAUUUUUUCUGAGAGUUUAAUUAAUAAAAGCCAUUCCUUUCCUGGGAAAGAAUUAUCUGAAGAUUUGGGGAAUGCUAAAAUUGCUAAUUAUUGUGCUCUAAGAGUAAUCUUAGGGAGACACUUCUGAAAUGUGGUUAGACUUUAGUGAGUGGAAAUGUCAUUCAUUUUACUGUCUUUUGGAUAAAGCCUAUGAACAGGAGGGUGGUAAGCUCAGAAGACAGCAAAGGGAAAUCCAAAGCGUGAGGAAUUGGGCGGCUGGCUUGGUGGAAGAAAGAUUUGGGAUUUGACUGUUUCCUUAGGCAGGCAUGUCUUUAUUGUGGAGGUGGAGGUGUGAGAUUAGCUUAGUUUGAUAUCACUAAAUAUUUGAGUUAUAUAAUUAUUUUCCUAUGCACUGUGCCUUGUUUACCCUACCACCUUCUCUAUGUAGGAGAGAAAAAGUACUCAUCUGAUGUGAGCAUUCUAGUCUGCUAGACAUUUGCACUUCUCAUUAUGAAGAAAUAAAUUGACAAAAUAGUAAACAUUGAAAAAAUUAACCUUCUACAUACAUGUAUGUGUUUAUGUUUCUGUGAGCUUGGUUAACAUUAGUUGGUCCUGUGAGAAAGGUAUGUAUACAGUUUGUUUCAUCUGAUGUCUGAUGUUUCUUUGUAGCUAGUCCCUUUAACAUGGUAGUUGGUAUUGCUCUGAGCCUUAACAUUUGAAAAUUGCAACAACUUUGACCAUUUAACUUGUGUGAUCUCAUCUGUAAAAUGGGAAUGUUGACAUAAUGAUGUCCAGAAUUCUUCCUAGUUCUGUAUCUUUAUGAAUUCAUGACCAUGUGCUCAGUUGUGUCACUGCAGACUUACAGGUAAGAGUUAGAAGGGAUUUUAGAGAAUGGAAAUAACAUUGCUGUUUAGGUUGAUAGUACCAAUAUGACUUGAAGUUGCACAUUUUAACCAGCCUUGUUUUGUUUCGCUCUAAAAUACAGGGUACAACAUAUUACAUGUUGCUGCUAGACUAUAAGCUUCUUAAGGACAGGGCCAGUGUCUCCUGAGUACAGGACAGUGCCUGUCACAGAAAAAAGACCGCUAUCAACAUGACGGCUGAAGAAACAGUGAAUGUAAAAGAGGUUGAAAUCAUUAAGCUAAUUUUAGACUUCUUGAAUUCAAAGAAGCUUCACAUUAGUAUGUUGGCUCUUGAGAAGGAAAGUGGAGUCAUAAAUGGCCUGUUCUCAGAUGAUAUGCUUUUCCUGAGGCAGCUAAUCCUUGAUGGUCAAUGGGAUGAAGUUCUUCAGUUCAUUCAGCCUCUAGAAUGUAUGGAAAAAUUUGACAAAAAAAGGUUUCGUUAUAUUAUCCUGAAGCAGAAGUUUUUAGAAGCUUUAUGUGUUAACAAUGCAAUGUCUGCAGAAGAUGAGCCCCAGCAUGUAAGAUUUUUAUUCCUGAAGCUGGAAUUUACCAUGCAAGAAGCUGUGCAAUGUUUACAUGCCCUAGAGGAGUACUGUCCUUCUAAAGAUGAUUAUAGCAAACUCUGUUUGCUUUUGACUUUGCCUCGUCUGACCAAUCAUGCCGAAUUUAAGGACUGGAAUCCCAGCACUGCACGAGUUCACUGUUUUGAAGAGGCUUGUGUCAUGGUUGCAGAAUUCAUCCCUGCUGAUAGGAAACUAAGUGAGGCUGGUUUUAAAGCAAGUAACAAUCGUUUGUUUCAGCUUGUAAUGAAGGGCCUACUUUAUGAAUGCUGCGUAGAAUUUUGUCAGAGUAAAGCAACUGGAGAAGAAAUCACAGAAAGUGAAGUACUUCUUGGCAUCGACCUCUUAUGUGGCAAUGGUUGUGACGAUUUGGAUCUGAGUUUAUUGUCGUGGCUUCAGAAUCUCCCAUCUUCUGUCUUCUCUUGUGCUUUUGAACAGAAAAUGCUUAAUAUUCAUGUUGACAAACUCCUGAAACCCACAAAAGCUGCAUACGCUGACCUUUUGACUCCUCUUAUCAGCAAACUUUCUCCCUAUCCAUCAUCUCCAAUGAGGAGGCCUCAAUCGGCUGAUGCCUAUAUGACCCGCUCUCUGAAUCCUGCUCUGGAUGGCCUCACUUGUGGGCUGACCAGUCACGAUAAGAGAAUCUCAGACCUUGGGAACAAAACUUCUCCAAUGUCACACUCCUUUGCUAACUUCCAUUAUCCAGGGGUACAAAACCUCAGUAGAAGUCUCAUGCUUGAGAAUACAGAGUGUCACAGUAUUUAUGAAGAAUCCCCUGAACGAAGUGAUACACCUGUUGAGACACAGCAGCCUAUCAACAGUGAAAUCCAGGGCCAGAGUUCAGUUUCAGAAAAAGAGCCUGCAAAUGGAGCGCAGAGCCCAGGACCAGCUAAGCAGGAGAAAAAUGAGCUUCGAGAUUCAACAGAACAAUUUCAAGAGUAUUAUAGGCAGAGGUUACGCUAUCAACAGCACUUAGAACAGAAGGAGCAACAGCGACAAAUAUACCAGCAGAUGCUGCUUGAAGGAGGUGUGAAUCAGGAGGAUGGUCCUGACCAGCAGCAGAAUCUCACUGAACAGUUCCUGAAUAGGUCCAUUCAAAAGCUUGGUGAAUUAAAUAUUGGAAUGGAUAGCCUUGGUAGUGAGGUAUCCACACUCAACCAGCAAUGUAAUGGGAGCAAAGGCAAUGGAUCUAAUAAUUCCUCUAUCAUUAGUUUUUCUACACCACCCCAAGAUUCUAGUCAGAGAUUAGCACAUGAUGCUUCAAAUAUUUAUACAAGCACUCCUCGUAAUCCAGGAUCAACAAAUCACAUACCUUUUCCUGAGGAACCCCCUUCUUGUGGAAACCAAAUCUCAUCAGAAAAUGUGGUCAUUAAGCCACCUCUUGGAGAUUCUUCAGGGAAUCUGUCAAGAUCAAGAGAGGAAGAGGAUGACAAAUCAAAAAAGCAGUUUGUUUGCAUUAAUACCCUGGAAGACACACAGGCCGUUAGAGCAGUGGCUUUUCAUCCAGGUGGUAGUCUGUAUGCUGUUGGUUCAAAUUCAAAAACUCUGAGAGUAUGUGCCUAUCCAGAGGUCAUUGACCCCAGUGCACAUGAUAUCCCUAAGCAGCCAGUGGUACGUUUUAAAAGGAAUAAACAUCAUAAAGGAUCCAUUUACUGUGUGGCCUGGAGUCCUUGUGGACAGUUAUUAGCAACAGGAUCAAACGACAAAUAUGUCAAAGUGCUGCCCUUCAAUGCGGAGACAUGUAAUGCAACAGGACCGGAUCUGGAAUUUAGUAUGCAUGAUGGGACAAUUAGAGACUUGGCAUUUAUGGAAGGCCCAGAAAGUGGUGGAGCUAUUUUGAUAAGUGCUGGCGCAGGGGAUUGUAACAUUUACACAACCGAUUGUCAAAGAGGACAGGGCCUGCAUGCUCUGAGUGGACAUACCGGACAUAUUUUAGCACUUUAUACCUGGAGUGGCUGGAUGAUUGCAUCUGGUUCCCAAGAUAAGACUGUUAGAUUCUGGGAUCUUCGAGUACCAAGCUGUGUUCGUGUUGUUGGCACAACAUUCCAUGGAACUGGCAGUGCAGUGGCAUCUGUAGCUGUAGAUCCCAGUGGUCGUCUCUUAGCCACAGGGCAAGAAGAUUCUAGCUGCAUGUUGUAUGACAUAAGAGGAGGAAGGAUGGUACAAAGUUACCACCCUCAUUCCAGCGAUGUUCGCUCUGUUCGAUUCUCUCCUGGAGCUCACUACUUGCUAACAGGAUCCUACGAUAUGAAAAUAAAGGUGACAGACCUACAAGGAGACCUCACUAAACAGCUUCCCAUCAUGGUGGUGGGGGAGCACAAGGAUAAAGUGAUUCAGUGCAGAUGGCACACCCAAGAUCUGUCCUUCCUGUCGUCCUCUGCAGACAGAACUGUAACCCUCUGGACUUACCGUGGAUAGAGUACACCCAGUGUCAGUUGAGGCAAUGAAAGCACGAGGACUUAAGACUACUGAGUUGUGACAAUUCCAAAUUUGAAGAACAUAGACUGACCAGGAAAGUGGCUUAGCAUGAGGAGGCCCCUUUGACCUUGUACCCCUUUGGUAGGAGCUGUUGGGCGUGUUAUUCUGCAGUGCUUUCGGUCUUCCACGUGCGCUCGUGCUGCUGUGACCUGCUGUGUGUCGUCUUGUUGCCAAAGUCUGCGGAAGAGCUCUUAUGUUGUCAGUGUGCACUCCAGUCAAGGUGGACGAUGUGUUUACGGUUUAGUAUUAAAGCAUUCCUUGGUCUUUGCCGAAAUAACAGUUUUAUAUACACAUUGAAAUUGAACUGUACUUUAAGCAUAUUAUUACACGUAAUGCAACCAAGUUCUACACAGAUUAAACAUAGGUGUUCAGAAGUUACUUUUGCUUUUCUCACGAUCCCAUGAUACCGUAUCACUUGUCAGCUAGAGGUCAGAAUUUUAUGUCUCUUGAAAGUUACAUGGUUGUUUUCACUGAGGAUCAUUCUUGAGUUUAAAGAUAGAUAGGAAACUGCUUCUUAGAUCAUUAUGUGGUAUAGGCCUUUUCUUUUUUCUUGACCCAGGGAUAUAAUUACUAUUUUGUCACAUUAUUUUGUUUCAGGCUUAAAAGGUAAAUGUGUUUGCUUCAGAAACUUGUUAAUUUCAACUUUUUGAAUGCAACAAGAUACCUCCCUUCCAAACUGUACUGUAGGAGCAGAGCAGCAGUGGAUGUGAUGCAACACUAGGCGGUACAGUCAAUUUACUGGCUAGCAUUUUUCCUUUAAAAAUGAAAACUUUGCCAUAGACUAUAGCAUGGCUUGAAAUGCUAUGUCUGCAUGAUAACUUAAAAAUGGAAAUUUAAAACUUUGCACUCCAAAAGCUUAUUUGGAUUUUUUUUCUUGCACUGUUUUAUGUAAUGCAGAAUAAUGAUUUUAUUUCUACGGCAAUGUAGAUCCUAACACUUAAGUAUCUUUAUUUUCAUAUUGUACAGUAAUUUUACUUUAAAUUAUUAAAUAGGCUAUUUUAUUUAUUUCAAAUGCAGUUGAGUUGGUUCUAAUUAUUGAACUGUCUGUGCACUGUAUGUAGCAAGCAUUUUUAAACUAUUGUAUACAAGUGGAAAGGGUAUUAGAAGUGUAACUGUGCUAUUAUUUCAAUAAAGACCUCUUGACACCUAAAACUA